UAUACUGUAUAAAUACAAUGUAUUCAGAGAUAACCUGUAACAUGCAAUUGAAAAGAAAUAAUUAAUCUUUUAUUAAUGUUUCAUAAUUAGUCUCAAUUAACACUACCAAGUUACUUCAAAAUGAUUAUAAGAAGAAGAUUUCUCUCAAAUUUAAUGAGAAAUAGAAAAACAAUCUUUCUAUUUGAAAAAUACUUCUCAGAAGCAACUACUGUUAAUGAUAAUGAAAAAACAACUCAUUUUGGUUUUAAAACUGUUAAAGAAGCUGAUAAAAUGAAAGAAGUGUAUACCGUGUUUGAAAAAGUAGCAGAUUCCUACGACCAAAUGAAUGAUGCAAUGAGUUUAGGAAUUCAUCGUAUUUGGAAAGAUAUAUUUAUUCAGAAACUUGGACCAACUCAUGGAAGUAAAUUAUUAGAUUCAGCUGGCGGGACAGGAGAUAUAACAUUUAGAUAUUUAAAUUACUUGAAGAAUAGUCCAAAUCCUCAAAACUUAAAAAGUUCUGUAACAGUUUGCGAUAUAAAUGAGAAUAUGUUAAAAGUUGGAAAAGUUAGAGCUGAAAAACAAGGUUGGAUAGGUCAAGAUAAUAUUGAAAUUGAUUGGAAGCAAUGUGAUGCUGAAAAGCUUCCUUUUAAUAGUGAUGUGUAUACAGCUUAUACAAUAGCUUUUGGAAUAAGAAAUGUAACACAUAUUGAUAAGGUUCUUUCAGAAGCAUAUCGGGUACUUACUCCAGGUGGUCGUUUUAUGUGUUUAGAGUUUAGCCAUGUAAAUAAUAAUCUUCUCAGAUGGAUUUAUGACCAAUAUUCAUUUCAAAUAAUACCUGUAUUGGGUACACUCAUAGCAGGAGAAUGGCAAGCCUAUCAAUAUCUUGUUGAAAGUAUUAGGAAAUUUCCUAAACAAGAAGAUUUUAAGGAGAUGAUUGAAGAAGCAGGUUUUAGAAAUGUAACAUAUCAGAAUUUAACUUCAGGAGUAGUUGCUAUUCAUUCAGGUUUCAAGUUAUAAUCAUCAAAGUGUUGUAGGUAUGGAAAUUUAUGCAUACAAAAUGGUACAAACGAUACAAAAUUAUUUAUUACAUUUACAAAUUUAAUACAAACAUCUUUAUCAUAUUCUUAUUAUAUAUAUUAUACAAUUUAAAUUAAUUGGAAUACUAUUUUUCAGAUAAAAAGUUUUUCAGUCUUU